UAUCGUAACUUUAGCCAAAACCUAACCUGUCAAAAAAAAAUAGUGAGGUUAUGUUGCGUUGAUCGUUCACAGAGAAAACCCGCGGUAGUUCUUAAUUAAAUUUAAGUGAUAAUGGAAAAAAGUUUCGUGCCUCAAUUAGCGUUCGAUUUACUUCGUCAAGCUGAACAACAUUACAAUGAAAGCGGUACUUUCGAAGACAAAGACCUUGAAGUUUUGCAUUCCUGCUUCGGCGAGCCUUUCUUAUUAGCUGCGGAAUUAUUGGACAAAUGUCGAAUCAUCGAUUAUAAAUUAGACGGAGGUUUACGGAACGUGUAUAAAAUAGUAUCGAGCAAAGAGCAGUAUACAAUUUUAGAUAAUAUAAAUUUCUGCAAUUGCAACGUGUUCCGUUUGCAAGUAUUGGAAUCUAGGAAAGCCAUCACUUGUAAGCACGUUCUGGCGGUGAAAUUAGGGAUAAUCACGGGCAAAGUGCGCUUAGAAACGGUCACGGGGUCUCAGUUAGUUGACUUUCUAAACGAGCAGUUGAAUGUAUUAGAAGCGAGUAAUGAUUAAUCAAGUGAACAAUAGAUUCAUUUAAUGUACAUAUACAAAAAAAGCUAGAGAAACGACUAAACCUAGGUUUAUCCGGCUAAAGUGCGAAAUACCCAAGAAGGAUGUUUUUGGGUUUCUUGGGUUCCUGUUAUGCCAUGAGAAACGUACCCUACAUUACCCGCAUUUUGCACUUUACCAGGG